AAUCUCUACAAGAAAGAAGAAUCAUAUCACAAAAGAUGACUAGCCUUCGCCAUCAUAUUGUCACAUCUUCCAUCUUUUUCCUUAUCUUUGUCUCGUCAUUCUUUUUGUUUGGUACGCAUAGUUUUGCUACUAGAGUAGGUCACUCUCUGAUGGAAGAAGAGAUCACCAAGAUUCCACAAUAUAAAAAGCUUGAGGUGCCGGAGAUUCCAGACGAGCCUGAGUUGCCGUUGCCCGAGGAGCCGGAGAUUCCAGAAGAGCCUGAGGUUCCUGAGGAGCCAGAAGAGCCUGAGGUUCCCGAGGAGCCAGAAGAGCCUGAGGUUCCCGAAGAGCCAGAAGAGCCUACAUUUGAAUUUCCAUCAUGGAUCCCAAGCUUUCCUUUUCCCGGGGCUGGAGGAGGUUCUCCGGAGACUGAAAAGACAAAAUCUUCUUCAACGGCUGAAGAGUUUAAUGUGAAGAGCACGAGUGUUUCUAAGGAAACUUCAAGUGGUUCGAACAAGAAUCCAUAGAUAAAUGGCCAAGAACGUUAAAAGAACAUCUGUAUUGUGAAUACUCUUGCAUGAUAUAUUACUGCUAAUAUAAAGUAUAAAUGUAAUAAUAGUUUGGCUUGUGUUAUUAAAGUCAAGAAAGAUCUUCUAUAGAAUCCAUAGUGGGCAUCAUUAACUCCGGUUUCUUAGUCGGGUUCUUAACUCAUGAUUUGAAUUUUUUUUUUACAUUUUUUGGCUAAGAAACGGAUCUUAUAUAUUUUAUUUAAGAGACGGUUUUUAGUUUUUCUUAGUUAAAAUCUAAAAAAAAUAAGAACUGUAUCUUAACCG